ACCCCCGUGGCACUAGCCCCCUUAUGGCCUAGCGUGGCCCUGCAUACUAUGCUCCAGUCCACCUGGGCAUAUGUACCUGUGCAUACAUAUGCCAGCUAUUCACGCACAAACACCUGUCACCACUUUUCACCACUCUUCCCGCUGCCAACGCCUGCGAGCCUCGUCGGCUCGCUCCACUCUCUGCUGCAGCUUUUUCACGCGCGAGAACGAGCUGCUGCCAAGUGGUGAAACAUGCCAGCGCUGCGCCCGACGCGUCCGGCCAACACCAAAACCCACCUCGAUUCGCUCCAUGCUCAACCCGUGCUCCACAGCGGGCCGUGCUUUUGUCGCUACUGCACCGCUCUUUCUUCAACAAACAGCACCGCUGCGCGAAUCAAUCGGCUUCUCUCUUCUCAUGCUCGCUUUGCACUUUGUAGUCGUGAAGUCCUGUCCGCCAACCGUUCUGCCCUCAUCCACCCAUGUCCAACUUCUCUCCUCUAUUGCUGUCCUAGUCCAAGUAGUCUAUGCUAUCCAGUGACGCCGGCCAUCUAGCUAGACCCUGCUUCCCGCCCGCUCGAGAGUGCAACUGCAAAGACGUUAUGAACAUCCCGCG